UCCUGGUGUUCGUAUUCUGGUAUAUUCAGUGAAAUACAAAUAUCACAAUUGUCCAGUUAAUUAAUUCAUAGAAAAAAUGAAAUUUACAGAGCACUUAAGUGCUCAUAUCACACCAGAAUGGAGAAAACAAUACAUAAAUUACGAGGAAAUGAAAGCAUUGCUCUAUGCUGCAGUAGAACAGGCACCAGCAGCAGACAUAACAGAAUCCCAUGUUUUGGAACGUUAUUUUAAUAAAUUUGACGAGAAGUUUUUCCAUUAUUGCGAUAAGGAAUUGGCAAAGAUAAAUACGUUUUAUUCAGAAAAAUUAGCAGAAGCAACUCGCAGAUUUGCAGCUCUCAACAAUGAAUUAUGUGAAAUUCAAUCAGUUGCUGAAGAUAGGCAUGCAAAUCGUAAAAUUCGUUACCGUAACAAUAUUUUAUACAAGAAACCAGUUUCAGCACGCAAACUUCAAGAACUAAAAUUAGCUUUUUCUGAAUUCUAUCUCUUCCUAAUUUUACUUCAGAACUAUCAAAAUUUGAAUUUCACUGGAUUCAGAAAAAUUUUGAAGAAGCACGAUAAACUUUUAAAUAUAGACCUUGGGGCAAAAUGGAGAGCAGAACAUGUAGAUACAGCAUUAUUUCACACACACAAAGACAUAGACAGACUUAUUGCAGACACAGAAGCAUUGGUUACCAGAGACUUAGAACAUGGGGACAGACAACGUGCUAUGAAACGUUUGAGGGUCCCCCCACUUGGAGAACAGCUUUCUCCAUGGAUUACAUUUAAAGUUGGACUUUUUUCAGGGGCCUUUAUUGUUCUUCUUAUAGCAGUGAUACUUUCAGGUGCACGUUAUAAAGACAAUAAUAACUGGCGAGUUUUAUGUAGAUUAUAUCGCGGACCAUUACUUAUGAUUCAGUUUCUUUUUCUUAUGGGAAUUAAUGUCUAUGGGUGGAGAUCUUCUGGUGUAAAUCAUGUUUUAAUAUUUGAACUUGAUCCUCGAAAUCAUUUGUCAGAACAGCAUAUCAUUGAAAUGGCUAGUGUUUUUGGAUUAGUUUGGUCUUUGUCAAUUUUAGGUUUCUUAUACAGUGAAACAUUAGGAAUACCGCCAUUUGUUCAACCUUUUUUGUUAUACACAUUGCUAGCCUUAUUUUUAUUUAAUCCAACAAAAACAUUACGUUACGAGGCUAGAUUUUGGGCACUCCGUGUAUUGGGUAGAAUAUUUUGUGCUCCAUUUUUCUACGUCGGAUUUGCUGAUUUCUGGCUUGCAGAUCAACUUAAUUCUCUACAUACUGUUUUCUUAGAUUUUCAAUAUUUCGUUUGCUUUUAUGUACAAAAUUCUUCGUGGACCAACGUCACCGAUGCAGAAACUUGUAUAAUGCGUGAAUUAUCAAUGAGACCAUUCGUAGCUUGUUUGCCAGCGUGGUUUCGAUUUGCACAGUGUUUACGACGAUAUAGAGACACAAAAGAAACUUUUCCCCACCUUGUGAAUGCAGCAAAAUAUGCUACCAGCUUUUUCGUUGUAUUUUUUUCAUACCUACAUUUAACUAACGCUAAAUAUUACGUAAUGUCCACCGAAAAUCCUUAUUUUUAUUUAUGGAUUACCGCAAGUAUUAUGAGUUCUUGUUUCACAUAUACAUGGGAUAUAAAGUUGGAUUGGGGAUUAUUUGACAGUAAUGCAGGAGAGAACAAAUUCCUCAGGGAAGAAAUAGUUUAUUCUUCUCCAUAUUAUUAUUACUUUGCAAUAAUCGAAGAUUUUGUGCUCCGUUUUGGUUGGGCGUUUUCGCUUUCUCUUACCGAAAUGGGAUACGUGCACGCAGAUUUAAUGGUUUCUAUAGUGGCGCCAUUGGAAGUAUUCAGGAGAUUCAUAUGGAACUUUUUCCGUUUGGAAAACGAGCAUCUAAACAAUUGCGGAAAAUUCAGAGCGGUAAGGGAUAUCUCUGUUGCACCGGUCGAUUGCUCUGAUCAAACGCAAAUAUUGAGAAUGAUGGACGCAACGGACGGGGUGAUCAAUCGAAAGAGAAAGCAAAAGGUAACGGAUAAAAAGCCACCACGCAUGUCUUCCAAAGGUGAAUCCCUGAUUUGUGAUCUCGACACUUAA